CAGUGAGAAGCUGCUGUCUAAAGCAGGCUUAUGUUCCACAAUCUGCCAGGUUUAGAAGCUGACAGCAUUAACUGGAUCAUGUCCUGCUAUUUUUGGAAUAUGUCUCCAAAAUUAAGUUACCUACGGUGGAGAAGCAGUCAUCUGAAUGAGUGAGAGAACAGACUCUUUUAUCAACAUAAUACAUGCCAGUGCUUUUUGCUUGAUCUGAACCACCAUGCCGUUGAAAUGGAAACUCUGUAAUAGCCCCAUUGAAAGAAGAUUCAUGGUUUCUGUUCUUAAGGCUUCUAGGGCAGCGACCGUCUCUCCAACGUACAUCUCCCUGGUAGAAGAGGGCACUUUUCCGCUGAAAGUGCCUUUGUCCUCUGGCAGGAUGGAAGAUUCAAAAAACUGCCAGUCUUCAGUUUCUCUUGGGGCUCCUCAAACGUUCAAUAGUGAGUCUCACAGCUCGGCUGUGCUGCAGGGAUUUAACAACCUGAGGAAUGAAGGUUUACUUUGCGAUGUCACUUUGGUGCCAGGAGACAGCGAUGAAAAGUUUCCUGUGCACAGAGCUAUGAUGGCAUCAGCAAGUGACUAUUUUAAGGCUAUGUUCACGGGUGGCAUGAAGGAACAGGAGCUGAAUUCUAUCAAGCUGCAUGGAAUAAGCAAGAUAGGACUGAAAAAUAUUGUAGAAUUCAUCUACACAUCAAAGUUGGCGCUCAAUGUGGACAAUCUCCAGGACAUACUAGAAGCAGCAAGCUUCCUCCAGAUAUUGCCUAUCCUUGAGUUUUGUAAGGAGCUUCUAAUUUCUCAGGUCUCGGUUGAAAACUGUGUAGAAUUUGGACGUAUUGCCAACACAUUCCACUUGACCAAAUUGCAUAACUUUAUCAAAGACUUUAUUGUAAAGAACUUCUCAACAGUGCUAAGCAAUGGGGAGUUUCUGAAGCUUUCCCUUGACCAGCUUCUCUCUGUGCUCAGUAGUGACAGCCUAAAAUGCUGCACUGAACUACAGCUGUUUAAGGCCACCUGUCAGUGGCUGAAUCAUGAGGAAUGCCGAAUGCAGUUUGCUGCAAAACUGAUGAAGAACAUUCGCUUCCCGCUGAUGACACCACAGGAGCUCCUCGAACACGUGCAGAAUGUGGAGUUCAUGCGAAAUGAUACUAGCUGUGUUAACCUCCUACUAGAAGCUAGCAACUACCAGAUGUUGCCACACAUGCAACCAAUCAUGCAGUCGGAAAGGACGAGGAUCCGUUCCAACUCAACCCACCUGGUAACACUGGGUGGCGUGCUCCGUCAACAACUCCUAGUGAGCAAAGAGCUGCGCUUGUUUGAUGAGAGUGCGCAGAAAUGGAGGCCCUUGGCUGCGAUGGAUGUACCGCGUUACCAGCAUGGCGUAGCUGUGAUUGGAAACUUCCUCUUUGUCGUCGGUGGGCAGAGCAACUACGACACAAAAGGAAAAACUGCUGUUGAUUCGACGUACAGAUAUGACCCCCGUUACAACAACUGGAAACAGAUGGGUUCACUAAAUGAAAAGAGAACCUUCUUCCAUUUAAGUGCCCUUAAAGGAAAUCUGUAUGCAGUGGGUGGCCGGAAUGCAGCUGGAGAAUUAGCAACAGUGGAACGCUACAAUACAGCAAUGAAUGAAUGGUCUUUCGUCACUAAACUGGCUGAACCUCAUUACGGACAUGCGGGGACUGUUCACGGGGGAUACAUGUACAUAUCAGGUGGGAUUACCCAUGAUACUUUUCAGAAAGAGCUACUGUGCUAUAAUCCAGAAACUAACACCUGGUCCCGGAAGAGAGACAUGUCCACUGUGCGUGGGCUACACUGUAUGUGUUCCAUUGAAGAUCGCCUUUACGUCAUUGGAGGGAACCAUUUUCGCGGUUCAAGUGACUAUGAUGAUGUACUGUGUUGUGAGUACUAUUGCCCCAUUAGCGAUCAGUGGACUGAGAUUGCUCCAAUGCUACGCGGACAGAGUGACGUGGGUGUAGCAGUUUUCAACAGGAACAUAUACGUUAUUGGAGGCUACUCAUGGAACAAUCGUUGUAUGGUAGAAAUUGUCCAGAAGUAUGAUCCAGAAAAAAAUGAGUGGCAGAAAGUUUUUGACGUACCCGAAUCACUCGGUGGCAUACGGGCUUGCACCCUGACAGUUCACGUGCCAGAGGAUGAAAUAGAAUCAUCAUCCCAAGACUCUCCAUUUUUGGGAAGAUGACAGCGGGGAACGGCCCCUUCCAGCCCGACGAGCUGUGCCACUCAGCAGCUCACCUACUUAACCCCAGCCUAAACACAGGACAGAUUACAAAGACCGAUUAUCCUAUGAACUGGUAAAUCUUUUGACUGCGGGAAGAAACCAGAGCACCCAGAGGAAAUCGUGGUCAUGGUGAGAAUGUACAAACUCCUUACAAGAAAUGAACUCUGAACUCUGAUGCCUCAGCUGUCAUAGUGUCGUGUAAUCACUACGUCACCAUAUUGCCAUGUCUUAUAGCAUUAAAAUUAUUAAAAUAUCUGUCCUUUACAUUCUGUAAAUGUUGUUAUUCUGUUGUAAAUGUUUAUGAAUGCACCAUCAUGGAUAACGUGUUCUCUCAAGAGGUAUUGUAGAGGGAAAAUUAACCCUGGUAGAAGCUGCUGUGCCCCAGGUGGACAAGGGGCUGAUGGAAUUCUGGCGAUGGGGUCACCGCUGAGGAACCCUAUGAACUGCCAGCAGCUAAACACUGGAGAGAAAAAAAACACUCCCUGCUAGGCUGAGCAAACUCAGAACUUUGGAUGGGGAUAAAGCAAUCUGCAGUUAGUUCUGAAUGUGCUCAGUCAUGUCUUCUUGUGUCAGAAGCAUACCUUUAAACAGAAACAGAUAGAACAAAGCAGCACUGUACACUCUGAUGCACCAUCAAUAACUCUCGGAGACGGGAGGCGAACGAUAGGCUUUUAUUAGCUGCAAGAGACCACCACACAACAUCCUGGAGACUGAGGGAGGAGCAGUACCUCCAACCGCUUUUAUACAGGGGUCAGUGGGAGGAGCCACAGGAGCAGUCAGCAGAGGGGCGUGUCCAGACAGGUAGAUGUAGUUCACCACUCUCCUAGCUGCACUGUAAGUAUUCAGCAAAACUAAGGCAUGUACCCUAGAGCUCCAGUUUUUGACGAGACGGGAGAAAACUUGCUCUGCACAAGUUGUCAUGUGAUUAGGUGUGCAACUGCUGCUGGGAAAGUGCCAGAAACACUACAGAAUUCACAAAAGUACCAAGGCCAACUUUCCUUCCGUGUGAUUUUACCUCAAAAUGAUCACCAGAGCACCUAUCAACAAGUAUCAUGUAUCAGAUGGGUGCUGUGAUCCAAUUCCUAGGCUAAAAGGUAAAGUUCAAUAUUGUUUGCCAUGGAAAGCAGGUUAAAGCUUUGUGGAAACUCAAUUGCACAAAGGUAAGAGAGCGUUAAGAGAAACAUGUCAAUAUUUGAAAGGAGCUGAAACUUCCAUUUAAAUGUGAAAUGUAAUUGCUUUAAUGGCACAUGGAUUCUCAACAUCCUUAUGAUUAAGGAAAAUGACAAAUGCAGUAAAUUAUUUGUAAAUAGGCAUGACAAUUGAAGCUGAGGCUAUAUAAGGCACUGGUGAGGCCUCACCUUGAGUAUUGUGAACAGUUUUCGGCCCCUCAUCUUAGAAAAGAUGUGCUGGCAUUGGAGAGUGUCCAGAGGAAGUUCACAAGGAUCAUUCCAGAAAUGAAAAGGUUAUCAUACAAGGAAUGUUUGAUGGCUCCGGGUUUGAACUCGCUGAAAUUCAGAGGGGAAAUCUCAUUGAAAUCUUUUGAAUGUUGAAAGGCCUAGACAGAGUAGAUGUGGAAGGGAUGUUUCCCAUGAUGGGAGAGUCUAGGACAAAAGGGCACAGCAUCAGGAUAGAGGGGUGCCCUUUCGAAACAAAGAUGCAGAGAAAUUCCUUUAGCCAAAGGGUAAUGAAUUUGUGGAAUUUGUUGCCACAUGCAGCUGUGGAGGCCAGGUCGUUGGGUGUAUUUAAGGCAGAGAUUGAUAAGUUCUUGAUUGGUCAUGGCAUCAAAGGUUACAGGGAGAAGGCCAGGAACUGGGAUUGAGGAGGACAGAGAAAAACGUAUCAGCCAUGAUUGAAUGGUGGAGCAGACUCAAUGGGCCCGAUGGCCUAAUUCUGCUCCUAUGUCUUAUGGUCCAAAUCAUUUAUUUCAUUCAUGUUACCAAUCACAUUUGUAACAUAUGCUUUAUCUAAGUUUUUAAUUAGAGCUUCAUAAAGACUCAACAUUCUCUGCACUGUCAGUAAGACCAUUCCUCCUCAACCCAUGGCACAGCUGAUCUGCUGCCGAGAUCUUUCUUCCAUUUCUUUGUAACAUCGAGACUCAUUUAUUCCAAUGCAGUCUAAGUCUUGUUAGCCUACUUUAGUAAUGCCUCAUUUUUACGGUUCUUCAAUUGCUUCCAACCUUCCUCAUCUCUAUAAUCUUAUUAAGGUAUUGGAGAUUGAGUCAGGCUGCUUAGUCCAAAUCCAAAUAAGUCUUUCCUAUAUGUGCUGAAUUUUGGUAGAGAUGGAUUUCAAAAAAAUGAUAAGGCCUCUGCCUUGAUUGGGAUCUGGUGGGACCCUCUCUUCAUAAACAAAAGCUCUUUUUGGUCCUCUGGUACAUAAGGCUACUGGCUGCUCAUCAGGCGCCAAGAGAAUGCAGGGAGCUCAGGAAGCAAUUAACAUUCAUCAAGUCUGCAGUGUCCAGACAGCUGACUGGACUCUGAUAGGUGUGGGUUGGGUCAGACAUAAAAAGAAAAUAGAGAUACUAUUGCCUUAAUGUUGUCCACAUUUAAUUUCAUUUGGUAAUUUUUUAAAAAUACUCUUGAUCACGUAUAUAUGACAACAGCGGCUAUGAUAUAUCAAUAAAAAGAAAGGCUGUUUAAUUUGUAGCUUAGUACGUGGAGUAUAAGAUAAUUACAUUUUUACGCCUGUGCAUA